AUGAGACAGUUGAGCGCAUUACGUUUGACAGUUUCGUUCUUUGAAGUGUUGAUGAUUUCCAGCAGGUUAGGGAUGACCGUGCUUAAGUGCUGCGACACAAGGUCUCCUGACUCGUCCACGGCGAUGGUCAAAAUAGACAGGGCUGACGUGACAAUGACAUUGGACUCGGUGUUGAGAGAUCUAAGAACCAGUGGCAGAAUCAGCUUGACAUGA